GUACAUAUGCUGUACCUUCCACAAAAAUUCCUGGGGGACUGAUAAUACGCUUUCCCCAAAUCCAGAAAACACACAUAGACUGGAUGGCCAUAUUCCCAAGCCCCUCCCUAGGAUUCCUGCCAGAGUAAAAAUCUGGUCCCGCUUCCCACAACCCAGAUGGAAUCCACAUUGUUUCUUCAAUCUAAGGUUUAAUUAUCGGCCAAACCCUCCUUUCUAUCACCUUAGGAUACACUUUCCCAGGGAGGCUGAGUAGUAGACCACCCUCUUGUCCCCCUUUUCGAAGAGGGGUACCACCACUGCAGUCUGACACUUUUUAGGCACUGGUCCUGACUUCCACAAAAUGCAAAAGAGGCGUGUCGACCAAGACAGCUCAUCAACAUCCAGACCAUUCAACAUUUUCGUAAGGAUCUAGUCAGUCCCUGGGGCUUUGCCACCAUCGAGUUGUUUGACCAUCUCAGUCACCUCCUCAGUCGAGGUCAACUGUGUCCCAUCCCUUCUGUACACAGCUUGGAUGAUUUCCCAUUUUUCCAUUCUAAGGUGCCAGGUGGUUUUCUAGAAGCACUUUGGAACAGAGUGAAAGUCCUUCUUCAUGGCUUGGAGCUCCUCCCACGCUCGCUGCUUUGCCUGUUCUACUGCCAUCCUUUGAGCCUGCCGGUACCUUGUGACUGCCAUUCCUAAAUGUCUUUUUUUUUUUCUUCCCAGCUUUGAACAUUGACCACUCUAAUUCAAUGCCCCCAGUUUCCACAGGGAUGCCAGAGAAGCUCAGCAGAAGGUGGGAGUCGAAGGCUCCCUAGAUGUUCCUAAUUCACCUGAACUACUUGUUUAGGCUUACCUGGUCUGUCCGGGCGCCUCCCCUGACACCUAACCCAUCUCAACACCAGAUGAUGAUCAGUUGACAUCUCCGCCCCUUUUUAACCUAGUGUCCAAGACAUAUGGCCUCAGCUACGGCAUCAGGAACAGGGAUGAAGUGACUUUCAUGAAGAAACUCAGGAAGAAAUAAGCGCAUUCUACUCAUCUGGCAAAUCAGACGACUGUGGCAAUCCAGGACUGUGCACACUGACCACAUCUUUUAAAUAUCAGCACCUUUUCCUGGUGUCAUGGCAUGAAACUUCCUAGUCGAACCUUCCCUCAGGACAGAUAUCUUAUUACAGAGGAUCGCUGCUCUGAAAACGGACGCUUUCCAGACCUUCAGGAGUUGAGAGCUUUAUUAAUAUUAUUAUUAUCAAUUCCAUUUCUAUUUUUUGUCUGAUCAAAUCUGAAUUUUUCAUGGCUCAUGGACCAGGAUUUUUUAAGCCACCUUAUUUUAUUUUUACAAUAUUAUUAAUUUUUUUUUUUGUGAACGCAUAUUCAUAUUAAAACUUUAUUUUGUCCAGCUGUGAUCAGUGUCUCACUGAGCUAGUCUGACCGCUCUCGGGACUGUUGAUUGGAAUUAAUUAUUUUUUGAAUUGUGUUGCGAUGCUGCGUAUGGACUUCACGUUCUGGAGCUCAGGAUAGAGAAUCGUCUUUCUAUCGUCUUCUUCUUCUUCUUGUCGUACAUCAUGACCACAGCAGCGAAGCAGCAGGAGCUGGAAUGGAUCUCCACGGAGCUGCACAAGCUGACGCUCCACAGAGAGCAGCUGAACAGCAGACUGCGUUUACUGAGCGUGCUAAAGGAGUUCCGGCAGAACACCAGCUACACCGAGCGAGUAAGUGAAUCUUCAAAGAAAGAGGAGUGUAAGCAAAUCGAGGAGGAGCUCGAAGAACUUUCAGAAAAGAAAUUGGCCCUGCAAGCUUUACAAGAGAGGCUGGAAGGAACUUUAUCUACCACACUGCAAAUACACGAUCCUUUGAGUAACGAGAUCUUCACCGUGGAUAAACCGCCGUCCUUUACAGCUCCUCAGGUGAUUUUGGAUGUAGAGAAACUCUCACGUCAUCCAUCACAAACUCUGUGCCCUUUCUGUGGAGAGUACGUUACCACCGACGUCAGCACCGUGAUUGGGAACACCACGUGGCUCGUCUGCCUGGCGUCUAUCUUCGUCUGCUGCAUCGCCGGCUGCUGUCUCAUCCCGUUCUGCAUCAGCUCGUUCAAAGACGUCAAGCACAAAUGCCCCAAGUGCCGCAGUCACAUACACACAAGCACCAAGAUGUGAGGAGAAAGUCACGUGAGGAGGCAGAGGAAAGAUGGAGUCUGGGAGAGACGGCGUGUCUGAAUAAACACAACGAGCUUUGAGUGUGAAGGCAGGACACAGUUUAAUGACACUGAGACAUAUAUGUACAGGACAGAGAGUUAUGUACAGUCACAUCCACGCCUCAUUAUUUACACCGGCACAUGGCAUAUCGUAAAUAAUAAUAAAGAAUAAAUAUUUUCAUGUGCAAAAAAAACUAAC